AUGUCGGCGACGAACGGUAGUGAUGAUGUGGAAACGAAAACCACAAUACCUCCCCAACAGGAGCUAAGAAUUAACGAGAUUGACAAUGAAAACGAUUUUGUACCACUAUCAGACAGCGAUGAUGAAAAGACUAAUGUUAACCUUGUUCCUACUGCAGCUGAAAUUGAGGCAGAAAAUAAGGCUGAAGCACUGGAAGAAGCUGAAGCAUAUGACGAUUACGAUGGACACUACGAUAAUCCUACUGAAUCUAAUACUCCAGUACCAGUUCCAAUAUCUCAUCCAUCUACGGUAUCUAGUGCCGGAUAUAAAAAUACAUCUCCUCUUCAGGCAAAUAUUGAGUCUUUAGAAUUGGAGCAACCGAUACCAGUAUCUAAAGUUCCAGAAAUUAAACUCACAACUUCAAAUAUGUCUGAAGCUAAGGAAGCGGAUUCUGAAACGGCAGUAGAGAAAGUAUCAAAUGAAAAUAAUGAAUUAACUGAAAAUAAUGAUUUUAUUGCAUUUUCUGCUAGUGAGUCUGAAGGUGAAGAUGAAGUAGAGAAACCAAAGAUUACCACAGAUGAUAAUCAGGAACCUGAAGAAGGCGAAGCCAUUAUGACAGAUUUUCCAUGGAUUGUCAACCACGAUCAUUCCAAACAAAAAGAGGUUGCGGAUUGGCUUACGUUAGAGAUAAAAGAUUUCGUAUCUUAUAUAUCUCCAAGCAAAAUAGAGAUUGAAUCUCGUAAUAUUACUAUUGGGAAGAUACGGAGUAGCGUCAAGGCUUUAUGGCCAGAUGCUGAUUUGCAUGUAUUUGGUUCUUAUGCUACCGAUUUAUAUUUGCCGGGCUCAGAUAUCGAUUGUGUGAUUAAUAGUAAAGGUGGUAAUAAAGACAAUGGAAACGCAUUAUACCAAUUAGCAAACCAUUUAAGUAAAGAUGGUUUAGCUAUUGACAUAGAGGUCAUUUCGAAAGCAAGAGUUCCGAUUAUUAAAUUUGUUGAGCCAGAAUCAAGAAUACAUAUUGAUAUAUCAUUUGAAAGAACAAACGGUGUUGAUGCAGCAAAGCUAAUUAGGAGUUGGCUAGAUAGUACACCUGGUUUAAGAGAAUUAGUACUUAUUGUAAAACAAUUCCUACAUGCAAGAAAGUUGAAUAAUGUACAUACAGGUGGGUUAGGUGGUUUUAGUAUCAUUUGUCUUGUGUUUUCAUUUUUGCAUAUGCAUCCUAGAAUAGUAACAAAGGAAAUAUUUGCCAAGGAUAAUUUAGGUGUCUUAUUGAUUGAUUUUUUUGAACUAUACGGUAAGAAUUUUGGUUAUGACGAUGUUGCUAUUAGUGUCUUAAAUGGAGAGCCUAGUUAUUUACCAAAAUAUUUAUGGAAGGAUCUUUACCCAAUUAGAAAUUCAUUUAGUUUAGCUAUUCAAGACCCUGGGGACUCGACGAAUAACAUUAGUAGAGGUUCGUUCAAUAUUCGUGAUAUUAAAAAGGCAUUUGCUGGUACAUUUGAUAUGUUAACAAAUCAAUGCUUUGAAUUGCAUGAGGUAAGUUUUAAGGGUCGUUCAGGGAAAAGUAUUUUGGGUAGUGUAAUAAAGUAUAGAGGUAAACAAAGGAACUUUAAAGAUGAAAGAAAAUUGGUUGUUAAUAAGGCCAUCAUUGAAAAUGAAGAAUUUCACAACAAACGUAGUAGAGAUGAAAUGGAAGAUGACUACGAUGUUGCAGCUCCCCUUGAUAGAAACAGAAAGAAGAAAAGUAAAGGGAAGAAGAAAAAGAAUGAGAAUAAUGAUGAGAAUACAGGUGUCUCAGGACCUGUAAAGAAGAAACAAAAAAGAAAGGAUAAAAAGUCUAAAAAGUCUAAGAAAAGACAAGUUGAGGAAAGUGAUGAUGGAUAUAUUCCUCUUGACAGUUGA